AUGUCCCAAUUAACUAUUUUGAACGAAAUCGAACAACUACCAGCCGAUGCUCUUUUCGGUAUUAAACAAAGAUAUGGUCAAGAUGACCGUGCCACCAAAGUUGAUCUGGGUAUUGGUGCAUACAGAGAUAACACUGGUAAGCCAUGGGUUUUACCAGCUGUUAGAGCUGCCGAGGAGAAGAUCCAUGCGGAUGUAGCCACUUAUAACCACGAAUAUUUACCAAUUACUGGUCUACCAUCCUUAACUAAAGGUGCUGCCAAGGUUCUUUUCGGCGAAGAAUUAGUCGCUAAACAUAGUGACAGAAUUGUCACCGUUCAAUCUAUCUCAGGUACCGGCGCUCUACACAUUGCAGCUAAAUUCUUAUCCAAAUUUUUCAGUUCCAAGAAAAUAUAUUUAUCUGACCCAACUUGGGCCAACCACAAGGCUAUCUUUGAAGCUCAAGGUCUAGCUACUUCAACAUACCCAUACUGGAAUGCUGCCUCAAAAUCUCUAAGAUUCCAAGAAUUUUUACAAACUAUAGAGACUGCCCCAGAAGGUUCUGUCUUUGUACUACAUGCAUGUGCCCAUAACCCAACAGGUUUGGACCCAACUGAAGAACAAUGGGCUGAAUUGAUUGAUACCAUUGGUAAAUAUGACCACAUUGCUUUAUUUGAUUCUGCUUACCAAGGGUUUGCUUCUGGUUCUUUGUCUAAGGAUGCUUAUGCUGUUAGACUAGGUAUGCAAAAAUUGGCUCUAGCAUCACCAAUAUUAGUCUGUCAAUCUUUUGCUAAGAAUGUUGGUAUGUAUGGUGAACGUGUUGGUUGCUUCCACAUUGUUCUUCCAAAUCAAUCAGAAGAAACCACAGCUGUUGUAAGACCUGCAGUACAAUCUCAAUUGGCUAAGAUUGUUAGAAGUGAAGUCUCCAACCCACCUGCAUAUGGUGCUAAAAUUGUUGGUACUAUCUUGGCAGAUGAUGUAUUGACUAACCAAUGGUAUGACGAUAUGAUUACCAUGUCUUCUAGAAUUCAAAAAAUGAGAGUCAGAUUAAGAGAUGCAUUAGUUGAAUUAAAGACUCCUGGUAACUGGGAUCACAUUGUUGAACAAUGUGGUAUGUUUUCCUUCACAGGAUUAUCUCCAGAAAUGGUGAAGAGAUUAGAAGAAGAACAUGCUGUGUACAUGGUUGGUUCUGGUAGAGCCUCCAUUGCUGGUUUGAAUGAAGGUAAUGUUGAAUAUGUUGCCAAAGCCAUUGAUGAAGUUGUUCGCCACUACCUAACUCAAUCGAAGUUGUAA